GGCAAGUGGAAGAUAUUCCAUCACACUCCUGACUUGUCCCUGGUAGAUGAGGGACAGAAUUUGCAGAGGUGAGGUGAGUUACUCAAAAGUUACACUUCUAGCUUUUUACCGGUUUUUGUAAUCACAGUAUUUAUAUUACUAGUCCAGUUCAGUUUCUAGUCAAUGAUAACCCUUAGGAUGAUGACAAUCCCAUUGAAAGUCAUGCGGCUAUGGCACUUAGGUAGCACACUGAAUAUUGCCCGGGUCUUGUUGAAUUUGGACAUAGACUGCUUCAGUGUUUGUCCAACCUUAUGAUAAAAAGAAGGUCAUUGAUGAAACAGCUGAAGAUGGUUUGGCUGAGGACAUUACCCUGAGAAACUCCUGCAGAGAUAUCCUGGAACUGAGAUCCUUGACUUCCAACCAGGACAGUCAUCUUCCUUUGUUACAGAUAUAACUCUAACCAGCAAGAAAUUUCCCCCUUUACUAAAGCUCCUUAGUGGCACACUCAGUCAAAUUCGAUCUUGGUGUCAAGAGCAGUCACAAUUACCUCACGUCUGGAAUUCACUUUUUUUGUACAUGCUUGAAUAAGACUUAAAUGAGGUCAGAAAUAGUGUGUCCCUGCUGGAACCCAAACUGAGCAUCAGUAAACAGGUGAUUACUGAAAAGUACUGCUUGAUAGCACGGUUGAUGGCAUCUUCCAUCACUUUUUAACUAUCAAGAGUAAUUGGCCAGGUUCUGAUUUCUGAAGAAGGAUCAAUGGAUGUAAAACGUUAACUCUGAUUUCUGUCCACAGAUGCUGCCAGACCUGCUGCAUUUUUCCAUCAAUUUCUGUUGAUGUUUUUGUUUUGGAUUUCUCCUGCAUUUUAUAUACAGGACACACAUCGACACUUUUCCACUUUGUCAUGUAGAUCCCAGUGUUGUAGUUAUACCAACUGUCAUGUUCUGGAGCACAAGUCUUCAGGACUAUCGCUGGAAUAUUGUUAAUGUCCGUAGCCUUUACAGUAUCCAGUGCCUCCAGCCAUUUGUUGCUCUCACAUAUAGUGAAUCGAAUUGGUUGAAGAUUGGCAUCUAUGAUUUUCAACAGUAAGAAUGUCUGCAAAAGGGCAGGGAACUCUAAACACCGCUGAAGGUGUAUAAGCAUUUCUGAUUAAAGUGGCAGAAUGCACUGUUUUGUUUAGAGCCACGCAUCCUCUCUAAAGAGAGCAGUGCAACUACAUUGAAGUGGCCAAGACAGUUUGAUGCCAAUGUAACCCUCUGCACAGACUAAAGGAUUUCCACAACCAUUGCCAUUCAUCAGAUUUGCCCUAUAAUUUGAGACAGUGGAUUUGAUCCUCUAGGUCUAUGUGACUUUUAUUCUGUACACUUCUGUCCUGAAAUAUGUAAUGAACACUCUCCUGCUACCUCAGUAAAAAGAGGUGCUUACCUAGUUCCCAGUGAGCACAAACUUCAAAUCACAGAGUUUCCAUAAUUAAAUGCCAGCUGUCUGUCUCACUUGAGAAGGCUGUGUCACGUAGAAAUGCCACAGCGAUGCAGGGAGCGUGUUCUUCGGAUUCAUUUUCAGCAUGAUGGAAGAACUAAUUAAUGCUUCUGCACAGUAUCUCCACCAUGCUCAUUUCAGGUUUGUCCCGUCUGAUGAGAAAAAAAAGCAAGGGUGCCAGCGGGAGAAUGAAAUCCUGAUCCAGCGGCGAAAGGACCAGGUACAACCAGGAGGAACCGCCAUCAGUGUAACAGUGCCUUAUCGAGUGAUAGACCAACCUCUUAAACUUUUGCCACAAGACUGGGAUCGUGUUGUGGCUGUUUUCGUACAAGGAGCUGCUUGGCAGUUCAAGGGAUGGCCAUGGUUAUUACCUGAUGGAUCACCUGUGGAUAUUUUCGCAAAAAUCAAGGCGUUCCACCUGAAGUAUGAUGAAAUGCGUCUGGAUCUAAAUGUUCAGAAGUGGGAUGUGACUGUACUGGAACUGAGCCACCACAAGCGCCAUCUUGACAGAGCUGUUUUGCUACGUUUCUGGGAGACUUUAGACAGGUACAUGGUGAAGCACAAGUCCCAUUUGAGAUUCUAAGUUGUCUGAAACUCUGUGGUUGCUGCCAUUCAUUUCUGGGAGAUUGGAGGAAAUCUACAAGAGCCACAUAUAUCUUGGGACUAAACUGUUUCACUGACAUCUCUACGUUUGUCAAGAGCAGUGACAGUACAGUAUGAGUGAACUUGACAUGUCUCAUAUGCGAUACUUGUUGGAAAACUUCUAUUGCAUUGGGGAAUUGAUGUCUGCAACAAUUAGACAUAAACAAUGUGCUUAUACUACCAGUUUUCCAAUGGUAGAUUGACUUCUAGUCUGCAAACUCAAAUUUGUAUUUUAUUCUAUAGUGAGUGUUUAUAUUUCAUUUUUAUUUUUCAGGCAGCGCUUUUUGUUUAUUUUAGUCCAUUCUUUCUCUUUUCCAGCUUUUCCUUUUACAAUUGUUAGUGUAAGCCGCAAAUUGUAUAGCAUCACUGCUGUGGGAUAGGGAUUUCUUCAAACCGUUCUCAGGUAGAAUAAGUGAUAAGACAGCCAUAGAUGACAUAGGUUCACUGUUUUUCUUUUUGUAAAAUAUGACAAAAUUAUACAUUGAAGUGCAGCUGCCUUGAGCUGUGAUGGGGCUUGAACAAUCACUUGAGUAUUGUUAAGAAUUUGGGCAGUGAGAGAAAGAAAAAACCUAAAAGGUCCAUUAUUCCUAUUAUGAAAAAAUUAAUUGGAAGCCCUGAACUUUACAGCAUUGACUGAAAGGUAAGUAAUAAUGGUUUGUAACUUUGAAACCUAUCAUAUGUACUUAGCUUUCUAAGCACGAAUGUGAAAAGCUGAUGGUGUACUUGCAAGUUCUGUACUUCAAACUUCUUAAAGUCCAUCUAGUGCCGACAUACAAAUGAUUAAGAAUCCACUUAUGCUGCUUGCUGACAUGAGAUAAAUAUAUUACAUAAAAUACCA